CGAUGCCAUUUCAACAUGGUAUCCAAGCUGUCCAUCAGCGCGAAAUAACCCUCGGUAACGAUGAUUCUCUUGCGGAGGGCUCCACUCGUUCACCGACACUGGUCCGCAAGCGUCGAGGAAAAUACAUAGAGAUACCUCAUGUCCUUGACGGGUUUUUUAUGUUGAAUAAAGCCCCUGCAGAUGAUCCUGACAACGUGUAUCACCUUGAUGUGUCGUCCCACCAGCUUCGCCAUGUCAUCGAAGAUGAUUUGACAAUGUUCACCAAUCUAGCCUCAUUGCAGUGCGGCGAGAAUGAGUUGCCUUUUGCAAAGCUGGGAGUACUACCAGGGCUAAGAAGACUAGUCAUGCCAUGUAAUGGUGUGCAAGACCUGGAUUUGGAAGUGGAAGGUCGGUUUCUCUUGUGCGAGGAGAUAGACCUCUCAUAUAAUGCCCUAACCCACGCUGGGAUUAUUGUGCUUGCAACGCUCCCAAACCUUCGUCGUUUGGAUUUAUCAAGUAAUAAUCUUCGAUCUCUGCCUGUGGAGAUCGCGGAUAUGAUUCGGUGGAGGGAUAGGGUCAUUGAGCGAAUCUUGCCAAAGUAUCAGCUAGAGGCUUUAGAGAAAGGGUUCUUGGAAGGUAAUGUGACACAACACGCAACACCGCCCCCCGAAACAACAACCACGAACGAACAGACGGACUCCUCAAUCGUAGUGUCAUCAGAAGCUGCUGCAGCACCCCUGCCCACGGAUACCACUAGUGCUGCAGAGCCAGCUGCCAACGAUUCAGCACCGGUGAAUACAUCGUCAUCUGACCAAGAUCAGCAGCAGCAAUCACCUCAGGAGUCUGAAGUGCAUCGUCCGAGCACCCAGGAAAGACUCACUGUUGCAGAGGAUGGAGCUCUUACGGUAACGUUGGACAACAUGGAUGAAGGAUCCAUUGAAAGUCUUGCAGAAGGAGAGGAGAAGCAGCAGGAAGAACUGGCAGAUGUUCCAAUGGAGCGUGAAGAGCAGCAGGAACAACUGGCAGAUUUUCCAAUGGAGAGUGAAGAGCAGCAGGAACAGCUGGAACAAUCUGAACCGCCAGACGAUGUAGAGAGACAAGAGCAUCUUGAACCAGGCUAUGAUGUCCCGGUGCAAAAUCCACAAUCAGAACCUCCUGUCAUUGCGGAACAAACUGAAGCUCCAGCCAUCGUCCCUGUCGAACAAUCACAUUCCAGCGAACCACCAGGGGACUUUCAGGCCAUCCCAGUACCGGACACCCUGCCACUACCCGAACAACAUGAAGAGAUCAAGCAGUCUGUCAUUGUCGAUGCGCCUUUUGUCCUUAUCCGACCACCAUUUCCAGUGGAAAGUCCAGGAGGAGCCGGCUUUAAAAAGUUGGAGGUAUUGAUCUUGGAGAACAAUGUAUUAAAUAGUCCUGAGGCUUUCAAAAUACUUGGAGCCCUGCCAAAUCUUCGAAUCCUAGACCUUACCCGCAAUCGCAUCCACACCCUCUCAUUCUUAUCGCAUCGUGUUUCCCAGAACGACGACCAGCACACUCAGCAACAGCACAAGUAUGAUGGCUUCCACACGUUGGAAGAACUCCAUCUGACCCACAAUUUAAUAUCCACCAUGGAGGACUUGAUGGGUAUUGUGAGACUACCACGGCUGGAAAAGGUAUAUCUGGCAGGGAACCCUGUUAUGAAGCGUGCAGCCGAAGGCAGAUUGGAAAUCAAGGAGGACGGAGGCGAGGUACUUGGGUAUGUAGCCUUCAACCCCUUGAAGGAUCUCCCCGCCCUUUACAACAUAACCGUCGCCGAUCCCAUCUACCACGCCACGCUGGCGCCGCUUCCAUUGCUGCCCACCCAACCCACCCUUGCCAAACUAAAAAACCUCAUAAAAAAACCAUCGGCAUCAUCAUUUCUUUCACACAUUCACCGCAAGAAUGCACCACCAGCCAUACAGCCCGGUCACAAUGUUGCCCCUCGCACAGUAAGCGAAGUGCACACGCCCCUAAGCGCUUUUGCUACGAGGAGGAUGCGGAGAGGAUACAGAUAUACAGAAGAAGAUGUGAAGGAUAUUAUUAGGAGAGGGCGGAUACCGGACAUCGGGGAGCUGGCGGAAAUGUCGGUCAGAAAAGAAAGACCUGAGGAGAGUGACGAGGAACAGGGUGAAGAGGCAGACGGAUCGUCCAAUGUCGAAGAAUGCCCACCAGAAUUCCAGUCUUCCGAACACGUUCUCCACUACGAUCCAUCAGCAAAAGAUCCCACCUUUCUCACCGGCGUCCAUAUCACAAGCACCAGUAACCCACAACUGCCAUUCAGCUCAUCGCAUCUUUCCUCCCAAUCCACUUCAUCCCCUCCAUACUACUCCGACUCCGCUGACUCAGAACCGGACGAAGAUACCAGUUAUCUAUUCCCAAAUACGAUCUCAGCCUCCCUUCGUGCCCUCCGAUACGCCCUAACGAGCCCGAGUUCGUAUUGGAGGGCCAUCGAGAAACCGUACGAGCAUCACACAUUCUCCUCAAGCCGCAAACAAGGACAGAGGCACCGCAAAAUUACAGCAUUGACUUCCCCGAAGAAGAGUAUGGGGAGAUGGAGGGGUAAUGAAGAAGCCACACAGGAAGUAGGGGCACAAAGGGUCGCAGACUUGAUUCCAGGAUUGGACACAGCUUCUGGCGAGGGUCAGAACCCGUUGCCGCGACUGCAUACCCCAUCGGCUAUAACGUCUAUGCAGAAGUAUCGGGCGGCGAGAAAGUGGAGACCAAAGGAUGAGUUUGCAGAAAUGCGGGAGGUAAUGGAAAGGGUAGACGAGCGGAUCAAGGUUGUCGAAGAAAAUUUAGCAACUCUCCUCAAGACACCAGCACCAACUGGUCACCUCAAACUUAUCCCACAAUCCCGUAAAUUGCUGCAAGAAGUGCAGCACGAGUACGACCGAAUCGAAAGGAUGUAUAAUGUGGCAGCAAUGGCCAGUGGGAAUGACUCAGGACAACGUGAAGAUAAUGACGAUCACGCAAAAAUCCCGAUGGAUUCAGCAAUCAAGGCAGAAGGGUGAAAACUUCCAGCCCUUGCGAACACGACAGUCACUUUUGGGCAUUUCCGCGUACUAUCUCCAUUACAAAUCUCUAGAUGGGUAAGCAAGGUCUCCGUCGCCGGGACAUGCAGCUCUUGCCGGUUUGGUCCCUCCAUGAUGGAUCGUGGCUAGGGAGAGGUAGUAUACAUGUACUUUGGGAGUUUGCAAAUAAAUUGGUGCAACGGGUUUGCCGCCCG